UGUGUGUGUGUGUGUGUGUGUGUGUGUUUGCAGCGAGCCCCAGUGUGAUGGCGUCUGGAGUCACGGGCAGUGUGUCUGUAGCGCUGCAUCCGCUCGUGAUCCUGAAUAUCUCCGAUCACUGGAUACGGAUCCGCUCGCAGGAGGGACGAGCCAUGCAGGUCGUCGGCGCUCUGAUUGGAAAACAGGAGGGCAGGAACAUCGAGGUGAUGAACUCAUUUGAGCUGCUGUUUCACACCGUAGAGGAUCAGAUUCACAUCGAUAAAGAGUAUUACUACACUAAAGAAGAGCAGUUCAAGCAGGUUUUUAAGGACAUGGAGUUUCUGGGCUGGUACACGACUGGCGGCGCUCCGGACCAAUCAGAUAUCCACAUUCAUAAGCAGGUGUGUGAGAUCAUCGAGAGUCCGCUGUUCCUGAAGCUCAACCCCAUGACCAAACACACCGACCUGCCAGUCAGCGUGUAUGAAUCUGUUAUUGACAUCAUCAGCGGAGAGGCGACUAUGCUAUUUGCUGAGCUGCCGUAUACACUAGCGACAGAAGAAGCAGAGCGCAUCGGAGUCGAUCACGUCGCACGGAUGACAGCCAUCGGGACAGGAGAGAACUCCACCGUGGCGGAGCAUCUGAUCGCUCAGCACAGCGCUAUAAAGAUGCUGCACAGUCGUGUGAAGAUCAUUCUGGAGUACGUUAAAGCAGUGCAGGCAGGUGAGGUCCCGUUCAAUCAUGAGAUCCUGCGGGAGGCGAACGCUCUCUGUCACCGUCUGCCGGUUCUCAACACGCUGAAGUUCAAGACAGACUUCUAUGACCAAUGUAAUGACGUGGGUCUGAUGGCGUACCUGGGAUCCAUCACCAAAACCUGCAACAGCAUGAACCAGUUCAUCAACAAGUUUAACGUGCUGUACGACAGGCAGGGCAUCGGCAGACGCAUGAGGGGCCUGUUCUUCUGAAGCCCCUGCUUCUGUCUGACCGCUCGUGCUGUUCAUACAAUAAACCUGAUGUCUUUACUGCUGCAUGCUAAGAGAUCACACACAACCCUCCCGUGAUUAAUCAGGUUUAAUUCUAUAGCGCUUCAUCAUUUACUGAAUUCUGCUUAUUAUUGUCAAACUCUAUAAUUUCAACUUUGUUUAUAGAGCAUUUCUACAGAAGAGAAUAUAGCUUAUUAUGUAUUAUUAGCUCAAGUUAUGUAUUCUUUUUUUUAUAUCAGCCAGUUGGAAUAAAAUGCCACAACUUUAUUCUCACAGAGC